AUGCAUACAUCAACUUCUAUGUUUAUGCCUGGUCAAUACAAUCCUCAACCCGAAACUCACUACACUCCUCGACACAAGCCGAAUCCUCCUCCGUCGCCCCCAAUGGAAGACUACAAGUGCUCUCUGCCUUCCAUCUCAAACCUUUUGGGUUUGGCUGAUGCUGGCUCCCCCACGAGCGAAGCCUCCCCCGCCUCACGGCAACAUUCUCCUCGAUUCGAAGCUACUCCUGCUCCGUCUCAUACCCGAUCUGGAUCAGAAUGGGCAAAGUCAUCGCACCGCGGACUGCCCCCAACACCCCCCAUGGGCACAGAUGCUUCAUUCGAACCAGCCAACUCUCCUGCAAGGAAGCACUCGAGUCAAGCGUAUCCUGGGUCGGUUUCAAGAGCCUACUAUUACGAGACGACACCGCCACUGGAACCUGAUGUUCAACGCCAGCCAACUGUCGCGGCCAUCCCUCGAGCGACACCUCCUGCUCCGGCCUACCCUCAGCAGCCCUACUCCACCACCUACGUCAACCAGCCUCCGAUGGGUACAUACUACCCUCCGGCACAGCACCCUGGUGCUACCCCUGCUCCAGAAAUGAGCCCCUACUAUCAACGUCCUCUCCCCCAGGCGUACCCUCCUCCAGUAGCAAUGCCGGCACCUGCUCCAUCAGGAGCAAACCCGUGGCAGCAUCACCAUUACCUCAACCCAACAGGCGCAGCAGCUUUCCCUCAGAGCCAGGACCGAUACAUCUGCCCAACAUGCAACAAGGCAUUCAGUCGACCAAGCAGCCUAAGGAUCCACAGCCACUCGCACACUGGAGAGAAGCCAUUCAAGUGCCCACAUGCCGGAUGUGGCAAGGCAUUCAGCGUACGCAGCAACAUGAAGCGUCACGAGAGGGGCUGCCAUAGCUUCGAGUUCAACGGCUCCGUUAUGCGAGGCUAA